ACAUCAAGGAUCACAUCCACCUGUAUCACACGUUCCAGUUCCAGGACAGCAUGCGCCGGGUUUAUCACCACAACUUGGACCGCCAGGAGUAUCCGGGCACGUUAAUAUGCAUGUUCCUCCAGUGCCGCCCGGCCAAAUUGGUCAGCAGGUUCAACAUAAUCAGAGUCAAUCAGGACAUUUGGGAAAUUUGGGACAACAAGGACAACAUGAUCUUGAGAGGCAAUCUGCACAAAUUGCUCAGCCAGGCGCACCUGGAACGCACCCAGUACUUCCUCCGUACGAACAAUCAUAUCAAGAACCUGCCCCAUUUCAAGGACAAUUACCCCCUCAGAUACCUGCUUGGGAUCAGAGUAUUAACUAUCAUCCACAACCUCCGGGUCAUCAUUACCCAGAACCAUAUUAUCCGCAUGCAUACGAUCAUUAUCAAGCUCAAUAUAACCCUUACAUGAAUGGCGCUGACAGUAUAGGGUAUAAUCAUCCUGUGGAAAAUAAGCACACGAUACCGCCACAACCUCCUCAGCCUCCUCAACCACCAAAUCCAUCAAAUUCUAGCACUCAUACAAAUAAUUUGCAACCGACCACUCAAUUACGAUCACCAAUAUCUCCGCAUACGGCCUACCCACAAAUACCUAUCCAAUCGAUACAGCCAACUCAAGUAUUGCAACAACCAUCAGUAGGAUCGAGAUCAGUGAAGUCUCAUGUGUCCCCGAUUGAAGUUACUCCGGUGACCGUUAAAAAGUGUGCCGAAUUGUAUGAAAACUUGGGUCAAGUAGGAGAAGGCACUUACGGUAAAGUUUACAAGGCAAGGAAUCGUGAGACAAAAGAAAUAGUAGCAUUGAAAAAGAUACGUAUGGAUCCAGAGAAGGAAAAGGAAGCUGGGUUCCCUCUCACAGCAAUACGUGAGAUUAAGCUUUUACAACAAUGCAAACACGGAAAUAUCGUGCAACUAAAAGAGAUAAUGGUCUUCCAAGGCUAUGUGUACAUGGUCUUUGAAUAUAUGGCUCACGACCUAACGGGUGUUCUCGCGAACCCAAAAGUCGAAUACAAACCACGGCACGUGAAGUGCCUUAUGAAACAAAUUUUGGAAGGUUUGGCCCACCUUCAUGAAAACGGUAUUUUACACCGCGACAUAAAAGGAUCAAACAUUUUAUUAAACAAUCGUGGUGAAGUAAAAUUGGCAGAUUUUGGACUUGCCCGCCAAUUUGACAUUAAAUUUAAACGUGAUUACACUAAUCGUGUAAUAACAUUAUGGUAUCGACCCUCAGAACUAUGUCUUGGAGCAACAGAGUACGGUUGGGAGGUUGAUAUGUGGAGCGUAGGAUGCAUUAUGAUGGAAUUAAUAACGGGUAAACCGUUGUUCCAAGGUAAAGACGAGUUUUCGCAACUCGAAAGCAUCUUCAGCUUGAUGGGUGUUCCAAACAAAAAUGAGUGGCCCGAAAUAGCAAAUUUGGCGUGGUACGCAAUGGUCAAGCGAAACGGACCAAAGGUGUCCAAAUUCCGUGAACAAUACGGGCACAUGUUAUCUUCAGGUGGUCUCGAAUUAGUUGAGGCUUUACUUUCUAUAAACCCAACAAAGAGGCCAUCAGCACGUGAAGCAUUGAAUUAUGCUUAUUUCAAGGUCGAAGUUCCACUUGCUUGUUCACCUGCCGAACUCCCCGAAAUAUCGGGGGAUUGGCAUGAAUAUGAAUCAAAACAAAAAAGCAAGAAAGCCAAUCCAUAGAUAGUGAAACUCACAACUAAUAUUGCUUUUAUAAUCCGCAUUUCUGGACGGUAUCCGCCAAUUUGCCAUUGUCCUUUUUGAACUACUUACUCUCUUCGGAAUUAGUAAUAGUAUUAACUAUGGAUGAAUAUCUCAGGCUGAUGUACUUAUUAGUACUCAAAA